AUGACUAUUUUAAAACGACCUGGAGAAUAUGAACCACCAUUAGGAAAAAUAUGGAAUCGAGCAGAAGCUCGAACAUGGACCACAAUCAUGUUUUCUGGAACUUGUGUUUUAUAUGCUGCACGAGCUGCUCUUCCAAUUUCAGCAGCUGCAGUCUCGAAAGAAUUUGCUUGGAAUAAAACCGAUUCUGGAACUGUUUUAUCAUGUUUUUUCUGGGGAUAUGCAUUAACACAAAUGUUUGCUGGAAGACUUGCUGAUAAAUAUGGAGCUGAAAAUGUAAGUUUUUUUUUGGAAAUUCAAAAAAAAACAUAUUGAAAUUCAUAGAUCUUACCAUAUUCAAGUUUGGCAUGGACAAUGAUAACAUUUUUCACUCCAACUUUAUUUGAUUUUGCAUAUUGGACAGAUUAUCCGCUAGUUGUUCUGUUGAGUGUCAGAAUUUUAACUGGAAUAUGUCAAGGUAUAACCGAACUCCUGGAAUUUGAAAUUUGUUGAAGUUUUCUUAUAGCAUUCCAUAUUCCUUCGCUAGCUUCAAUUGUUUCGAAACAUUUAGCGGCGACUGACAAAGGUCGUGUUUUUGGAAUUGUUCUCGCUGGAUCUCAUUGUGGAACUGUAUUAGCUGGUUUAGUUGGAAGUACACUUCUUGAAUGGGUUGGUUGGCGAUCUCUAUUUCAAUUUGUUGGUGUGAUCUCAUUAAUUUGGUGUUGGAUGUUUCGAUGGGUUUUGGAAAAUGGAAAAAAUGCGGCAAAUGGAAGAUCGUCUCCAAUUCCAGAUGAAGAAGUUCUUUUGAACAAAAAACAUGUGAGUAUUUUGUAUUUGGAAUUUGUAUGUUCAGAAUCAAGACAAAAUGAAUUUCAGGAUAAUGAACCAGAAUCGCAUCUUUCUCAAAAUCCCCAAUCUCCACCUGUUCCAUGGGGAACACUUUUCCGGCAUCCUGGUUUUUGGUAUGAUCAAUUCUAAAAUAAAAAUUAUAAAAUAUUUUUCAAAAAUCUUAAAUUUUAGGGCUGCUGCAAUUGCUCAAUACACAGGUGGAAAUUCAUAUUCAAUACUUUUCAAUUGGCUUCCUUCAUAUUUCCACGAAACAUAUCCAAAUGCAAAAGGAAUUGUUUAUAAUGUUGUUCCUUCUUUGGCAAUUGUUGUAACAAGUCUUAUUGCUCCAAUAAUGGCAUCACAAGCAUUGGCAGACGGAAAAACUGUGACUUAUACAAGAAAAUUGAUGGAAGGAGCUAGUUUAUUCGGAAUUGCUAUUUGUCUUUUGAUUGUUCCAAUGACUGAUUCAUUUUGGUUUUGUCUUUUGAUUUUCACUUUGGCAAUGGCUGCAAGAGGAUUACAUCAUGGUGGAGUUUCUGUGAAUCCACAUGAUUUUGCUCCAAAUUAUGCUGGAUCUGUUUUCGGUGAGUGUUUUAUGAAAAUUCCGAAAUUAUUUUAUAAUUUUUAUUGAAAAAUUGAAUUAAAUAUUCUUUGCCGUGAUUUCGUGUGAGAAUAUUGAUUAUUCAAAUUUCUCAAUAAAAAAUUAUCAUGAAAUUUCAAAAAAUGGUAGUUGAAAAUUUUCACAUGAAAUUUGUAUUUCUGAAAUCUUAGGAACGCACUUGACAAAAAAGUUAUAACGUGGCAAAGUUUUCAAAAACCGGAAAUUUGCUGUGGGAUUUUGUCAGAGACGAAAUUGUUUCAAUUUCAAGUUCACAACUUCUUAUGUAUACGAGAUUCUCUUGUAAACUUAUUCCGUUUUAUUUGUAGAAUAUUUCCGGAGAAAAACAAGAAAUAGAGAAAAUCAUAAAUAUUUCUCAAGUUCUCCACCGAAUUGAUAUUUUUAGAAAAAAUCAUUCAAAUUAUUUUUUAAAAAAAACAAGGUUAAAAUUUAGGUGUUUUUAAUGCUUGUGGCGCAAUCACUGGAUUUGUUGGUGUUUACGUAGCCGGUCAUAUUCUUGAAGCAACAAAUAAUAAUUGGGCAUAUGUAUUUGUAGUAACAUCGGCACAAUGUGUUUUAGGUGCCAUGGUUUAUAUUUUGCUAGGUACCGGUCAGAAAAUCAUUUAA